AUGGAACUUGCUCAGUAUUACCAUGAUCCAAAUAACAAAGAGGGAAGCACCGUCACAAUUUGCGAUGCAAACAUCACGAAGUUUCUCUCUGGAAAACACCAUGUUCUUCAUGUUUGCUUCCUGAAAGAUCUUCCGCGUGUUCCCAUGAUGGGACUUGCCUCCUACAACUACGACGAUGUCUGGGAAAUCGAUAUUGCUCAGCUAAAAAAUUAUUACCUAUCUUUCAAAUUAGGCAAAGACAGGAAGGACUGGACAUGUUGCCUUCGCACUCGAUUUGAUCCAUCUGUCAAGAUUUCCUUUAUCCUAGAAUCAGCGAAGAAGAAUUUUGUCGUGUUGAGAGACGACUUGUAUCUUGACUAUGUCCUGAAUGGUACUCCCCGAUCUUUACGGCAUUGUAGUAGCUGCUACGAUGAUGAAAAAGAUAGGAUGGUCGUGACGGAAUGUGGACAUUAUAUGUGCGCAAAAUGUUGGAAUAAAUGGAUGAAAGCAAAGCAGUUGUUGAUCUGCUGGAUUUGUUCCCAAACAAACAGUCCAUGUCCUGUGGACCAUUGCCGGUCAGGAGACACUUCACGCGACUACGUCCUUGUGCCAUGUGGGUACGUAUUAUUGUUGUUUAGGAAAACUGGACAAAGAACUCACAGUUUUUAUCCCCAGUGA